AACACCAAUCAAUGAUGACAAUAGAGAGAAGCUGAGUCUGAAUCUGAAACAAUGUCACAUAAAGGUGUGGGCUGUGUGAAUCAACUUGGAGGGGUCUUUGUGAAUGGACGCCCCUUACCCACCUGCAAGCGGAAGAGGAUCAUCGAAAUGGCAGUGGGUGGCAUCAGGGCAUGUGACAUCUCCAGGAUUUUACAGGUGUCCAAUGGCUGUGUGAGUAAGAUUCUGGGCCGAUACUACCAAACAGGAUCUGUUGGUCCAAAAGCGAUUGGUGGGAGUAAACCACGACUGUCAACUCCAGAGGUGGUGGCUAAGAUUGCUUACUUUAAAUGGAAUAAUCCCUCAAUGUUUGCCUGGGAAAUCCGUGGGAAGUUAUUGUCGGAAGGAAUCUGUACCAAGGACAAAAUUCCUAGUGUUUCUUCUAUUAACCGAGUCUUGCGGAACCUGCAGUCUGACCUACAAAUGUCUACAACUGAGAUCACAACACGGAACCAAUUGACAGGAGAUCUUGGAGAACAAGAAAUAGAUGGAAGUUUUAACAUCUUGCCGUCUGAUUUUGUUGAAGAUGUUCAGCCAAACUGUCAGCAAAGGAAUCGAACAGUUUUCACACAAGGGCAGGCUGAAGAGUUAGAGAAAGAAUUCAGAAGAACACAAUAUCCAGAUGUGUUUGCACGAGAAAACUUAGCUUCAAAAACAUCUCUUCCAGAGGCUCGAAUCCAGGUCUGGUUUUCCAAUCGACGAGCCAAAUGGAGACGAGAAGAGAAGGUGAAAAACAGAGGUGGUCUUUUAAAUGGUACCACAUGUGGUUUGAUGUUAAACCAACUACAAGCUUCACCUCAUGGUUUUUCAACAUUUCAUCCAUCACCAAUGAUUGACAGUCUGUCUCUGCAGCCUCACCAGCCUCAAACUGUACAAGCAAAUCCUGCCUUUUUGUUUCCUGAGACACUGAAGUCACACAGAUGUGAUCUCUACAGCAUGGCAGAAUCACAAUUGUGCAUGAACACCACUACAGAGCCUUGGAAGAUGCAUGGCUUUGAUCUAUACAGAACAUUGGAAUCACCUUCAUGUUGGGGCCCUGGACCAGUGUACACCUCAGAUGUCCCUAAUGGUAAGGCUGGUUGUACCCAGAAAGUAUUUUAUGAUGUAUUAGGAUGA